AAAUCUCUUCAUUGUUCUUUAGGUGAGCUUGAUGCUGAAACAACUGAAAUACAAUCAGUGUCAGUGAUGGAGGGAGAUUCUGUCACUUUACACACCAGUGUUACUAAAAUACGUGAAGACGACGACAUACUGUGGAAAUUUGGAGCUGAAAACUCUCUCAUCGCUAAAAUCAGCAUUGAGAACCAAAUCUUCUCCACAUCUGAUGGUACUGAUGAGAGAUUCAGAGACAGACUGAAGCUGGACAAUCAAACUGGAUCUCUGACCAUCACAAACAUCACAACUGAACAUGCUGGAGUUUAUCAACUAGAGUUAAAUGGAGCGAAACUGACAACAAAAACAUUCAGUGUUUCUGUGUAUGCUCGUCUGCCUGUUCCUGUCAUCAGCAGUAACUCUUCCAACUGUUCUUCAUCAUCAUCAAAUUGUUCAUUGGUGUGUUCAGUUGUGAAUGUGAGUCAUGUGACUCUCUCCUGGUACAAAGGAAACAGUUUAUUGUCCAGCAUCAGUGUGUCUGAUCUCAGCAUCAGUCUCUCUCUACCUCUGGAGGUGGAAUAUCAGGAUAAAAACACCUACAGUUGUGUGCUGAACAAUCCCAUCAGCAACCAGACUCAACAUCUGGAUAUCACUCACUUCUGUCACACAUGUGCAGGUACAACAGAGCUGAUAUCUUGUGGUUCUACUGAAGCUGUGAUCCGAUUGGUCCUCUCUGCACUGGUGGGCGUGGCUACUGUCAUUCUUCUGGUUUAUGAUAUUAGAUCCAGAAGAGCUGAACAAAAUCAAGCACAUAUUCACCCACUGGGACAGUAAAUGAUGAUGUCAUUUCUCAUUCUCAACUAUUUCAAUGAUUUAAUAAUCUUGAUUUAUUUUAAUGGCUUUAUAUAUUAAUCUACUGGUGUCAAUGUUUAUUUAUUGGCAUGUUUUUCAAUAAAACUUUCCCACUCUGAAAUUCAAGAGUCUCGCCAUCUUUUGUUACAUUUCACAGGUUCAC